AUGCCUAGCGCCAGGAGAAUGAUUCUGGGGCACGUCAUGUCCGGGCUGUGCACGAAGAUGAACCGGACCAAACAGCUUCCGGCGGACCUGAUGGAAACUCCACUUAAUCGGUGUUUGAACACCUUCGAUAUAACACUUCUAGGUAUCGGUCAUAUGGUUGGUGCCGGCAUUUACGUGCUUACGGGAACAGUCGCCAGAGAGAUGGCUGGUCCUGCGAUCGUCCUGUCGUUCAUCCUGGCUGGUCUGGUGUCACUGCUAGCGGCUCUCUGCUAUGCGGAAUUUGGAACACGCGUACCCAAGGCAGGAUCCGCGUACGUCUACACGUACGUUUCGAUCGGUGAAUUUUGGGCCUUCGUCAUCGGCUGGAACAUCAUACUGGAGCACAUGCUUGGGGCUGCGUCGGUAGCACGCGCCUGGAGCGGUUACGUUGACUCCAUGCUCGGGAACAUCGUCGCCAACCUCACGAUGGAAAUCACGGGCGAGAUGCACGAACAGUUGCUGGCCAAAUAUCCUGAUUUUCUGGCGUUUUUCGUAUGUCUGAGCUACGCGGUGGCCCUUGCAGCCGGCGUGAAGGCUACGGCCAUGAUAAACAGCAUCCUUACGACGGUUAACGUGGCCGUGAUGGGCCUGGUAGUAGUGUUGGGAUUUUGGUACGCAUCUCCGGACAACUGGUCCUUGCCGGAGCAAGGUUUCAUGCCGUACGGGUUUGGUGGCGUGCUGGCAGGGGCCGCAACCUGUUUCUACGCCUUCGUAGGCUUCGACAGUAUCGCCACGUCUGGGGAGGAAGCGAAAAAUCCCAGCGUAUCGAUUCCACUGGCCACGAUCCUAUCGCUGUGCGUGGUAACCGUCGGAUACGUGCUCGUUAGUGCGGCGUUAACACUAAUGAUACCCUACAACGAAAUCAAUCCAGCUGCCGCUCUUCCGGAUGCCUUUGGCAUGCGAGGCAUCAAAUGGGCCAAGUAUGCUAUCUCGACUGGGGCCAUUUGCGGCAUGACGACAACGUUGCUAGGAUCACUUUUCGCAUUGCCUCGCUGUCUAUACGCCAUGGCAAGCGAUGGGUUGCUGUUCUCGUGUUUCGGGAAGGUAAACACGAAGACGCAAGUACCUUUGCUGAAUCUCGCGCUUUCCGGCAUCUGCAGUGCUUUGCUGGCGCUACUGUUCGACCUAGAGAAGCUGGUGGAGUUCAUGUCCAUCGGGACGCUGCUGGCUUACACUAUCGUUUCGGCCAGCGUGAUAGUACUUCGCUAUCGGCCCAUUUCUGUAGAGGAAACCGUCCAUCUGGCUCCCGACACACCCGGUACGGAUGAAGAAGACGGAGGACCAGCACUUCCCGGUAUCGGAAAUGUGACAGGAGCAACCGGAGCUACCGGAGGCGGCAUUGAUUCGUCGUCCCAAUCCAGCACGAUCGAUCCCUCCUCACCGACAAGCGAAAUGAUUGAGAUCGCUCUGGCUGGCCGAUUGCGGCCUCAAUUUCGCUGGCUUGAACCGGUGCUGGGACGCUGCGAACCGGGUGUGGCCUGUUCCGGUGCAGUGCUGAUGUUUUGUGUGCUCAGCGUGGCGGUUUGCUUUCAGCUUGAGAGCUCCUGGGACGAGCUGUACAACGGAACGUGGUGGGCUUUGGGAUUGUACGGGUUUCUGCUGUUCUGUUUAGUUGCCUGUGUCGUCGUUAUAUCUGCUCAUCAUCAAAACACCCGCGGGUUACAGUUUAAGGUUCCGUUCGUGCCGUACAUUCCGGCGCUGAGUAUUUUCUGCAACAUCGAGCUGAUGGUACACCUGAGCUUCUUGACAUGGUUACGGUUCUUCAUUUGGCUGUCGCUCGGUAUGCUAGUGUACUUCCUGUACGGUAUCCACAACAGCAAGGAAGGCGAGCUCGGCACCUCCUACUCUAUGCUGAUGUCCACAAACGAAGCCAUCCGCGGCUGGGGCUCCACCAACACGGCGCUCGGGGGCGGAUCGAAGGUAACCGUAACAAAAAUAAUAAAGGGGCGCAUUAGUCGAAAGACGGCCGGCGAUCGGCAAGCGAUUGUGGAUGAUGACGACGAUGAAGAUUCUUAA